AAAUAGACGUGAGCCAUCAAUCCAACGUCCCCCACUCGCUUGAUCGUUUUUGAUACACGCGCCUCGUCCCGGCGGCCAUCUCUCAUCUGUCUGACCGUACUUACACGCAUCAUGCCCUCCUCACGCGUCUGUCGACAACCGGCGCAUCUUCGCCGCUCUUUCUAUUUCCUCUCUUAUCUUCCUUUCCUUUCAAUACCCAUCUCCGAUUCCCUUGUUCACCACAAACCCUAUUGUCUCCUUUUACAUGGCCGAAGAAUUCACCGAUUCCCCUCUUCUUCUCAAGCCGUCUCCGUCUCAGCGGACCGUGCCCUUCAGAGAAGAUUGCUGGAGCGAGGAAGCUACUUCGACCCUCGUCGACGCAUGGGGCCGCCGAUUCAUGGAACUCAACCGUGGUAAUCUCAGGCAGAAUGAUUGGCAGGAGGUUUCCGAUAUCGUUAACUCUCUUCAUGGUCACACCAAGAAAUCUUACAGGACCGAUGUUCAGUGUAAGAAUCGGAUUGAUACUCUUAAGAAAAAGUAUAAGGUUGAGAAAGCUAGGGUUUCUGCAUCGAAUGGUGCCGUAACAAGCUCUUGGUCUUUCUAUUCUCGAAUGGAUACGCUGAUCGGAUCCGCUGUUUCUAAUAAGACGGGUCAUGGUUCUAAACCGGUGAAAUCGCCUCCAAUGGGUAUUCCUUUAACCUAUCGGAAACCGGUCACACCGAUUAACCAAGUCGCGGUGCUUCCUCAGAAGAGGCCGCUUGAUGAUUCGUAUUUCCGUAAAAACUACUCUGCUAUGGCUGCGGCCGCCGCUGCUGUGGAUGGGGUGGAGGAAGAAGAAUCAGAGGAUGAGGCUUCAUCACAAGAUUUUGGCUCGAGUGAGCAGAGUGGAGAAGGAGAUAGGGAUGGGGAGGCUGAAGGGAUGAGGAGUCUAGCGAGAGCUAUAGUGAGCUUUGGGGAGAUCUAUGAAAGGGUUGAGAGAGAGAAGCAGAGGCAGAUGAUUGAACUAGAGAAACAGAGAAUGCAAUUUACUAAGGACUUGGAAGUUCAAAGGAUGCAACUGUUCAUGGAUACUCAGGUUGAAGUUGUGAAAAUGAAGCAAGUCAAACGAUCAAACUCAAAUGAUAUCUAUAGCUAGCAAUGUCAGGAAGGAGGAUUUGAAGAUCAUGGUUAGGUGGAUUGGAUUUCCACCGGAUCUGAGGUCUUUUUUGGAGGAUAGUGGAUGAUGAAGCUGUUUUAAACUAUUUUUUUCUGCUAGAAUUUUUGUAUUUAAAUGGAUUUAUGGUCUAUUAUAUAGCAUUUAACUGUUUUUGGUGUAGCCUUUAUGGUUACUGGUUUGAAUCCUUUAUUGAGAAAGAGAAAUUUGCAACCAUUCA